AUGGCAUGUACGGAGGAGCAAGGGUUCCUUGCAUCGAGGAACCUUUCGUCUCACGGCGCUCACCACCCCGACGCCUGCGCCGACGAUCGGGAUUACCCGGAAGACCCAGGCGACGGGCGGAAGAGGACGGAGGUUGCCGAGCUCCUUCACCAGCCGGCGCCCAUGAGCACCUCAGAUUCAGAUCCAUGUGAAAUCGCCAGGCGUGCCUUGGACCUCAUGUUCCCGCGGGAGGAGGACAGCGACGACGGCUGGAGCACCUGGAGCGCACGGGAGGAGGGCAGUGAUUAUGACGACGACGUCGACGAUGGACAGGGUAGCCAAUUCUCCCUGCAGGCUUCUUCCAUAAGUAAUUGCCUAUCCCUAGAUCCUAGAUUUACAUUGAUUGAUUCUGUAGCAGGGGAAGGAGUCGAUGACUGUAGCGAUUAUGAAGAAGAAGAAGAAGAAGAAGAAGAAAAAGACGGCAAUGGCCAAGUGAUACUAGCCGAGACAAACUGUCCAGGUAGCCCCCCCCCCCCCCCCCCCUAUCCCAUGAAUGUGCUCCCUGACGCAACAGGUGUAUGCAUCCUUGGGGCCAAAUCCUGCUACCACCGUGUCUACAAGACCCAUGACACUUCUACCACCCCGUCAACUCUUGGAAAGCGCACACCAAGUAAUAUGCUACAAAUAUUCUCCAUCCGUUUAUCAAGCUUUGAACCCUCGUAUCCCAUUAGUCUGUAUGGAAUAUUUGCCGUUCGGGAUUACUUGGACCCGCGACGGAACUACGUCUUUAACUGUCCCAGGGAUGACGCUGUCACGAUUGAUAAACAGGAUUUCUUUGUCAUACCGCUUUGUAGCCCUUGUCGAGGAAUGUACAUAUUGGAUCAGGCUUUAGUAGAAGUUGAUCUUUGGGUAAAGAAGGAAGGGGAUGAAUCAGAUGACAAGCAACUACUUUCUGCAUAUGCUGAUAUUGAUAUCCGGAAUGAAACUGAUAUGAUGUUUUAUGAACGGAUUUCUGGUGAUAAUUGCAAUUUGGACUUGAAAUAUUCAGUCCUUUCAAAAAGUGUUGAGGCUGUAAUACAAGUAUAUGCAAAGGUUGACCAUCCUCGCCACGCGAGGUUCACUGCUUUUAGCACCGGAUAUGAUGACUAUCCUCACCGUGGAGUUGUGCUGUUUGACGACAAAUUAUUUGGGAAAGAAAAACUAUUCCAGCAUAUUGUCGCAGUAAAAGAAAAUGAAGAGCUGGAUGUCAUUUUAGAAGUGGGCGGUUCAAUGUUCAAGUGGACAUUUCAAGAUGAACGCAUCGGAGCUGUUGUUUCUCCCGAUGACUCAAUCUUGGACUAUGGACAGUUCUUCGUGAGGGUGUUAUUUGCUCCAAAGGAUUUUCAGGGAAGCUUAGCUCGAUCAUUCUGA